CGUGAGCUCUACUAGCAAUCUGAGUGCACCAGAGAGCACUGACAUUCGGCCGAUGUUGAUUUCGCUCGCAUCGAUCUGUACCUCGCCGUGCGAUUGCUCGGGCCGUGAAUUAAACAAAGAGAAAGAGAUGCAUCCACCGCACCACGUUAAUUGAACGCUGCAGAAGUACGUCUCUAUGAGAGAAGCUGCGAGACGUGAUGACUCAUCUUCUUCGUAACUCGUCUAGUAGAUGACAGCAACAAAAAAAACGUCGUAUCAUCGUU